AUGCCCAUUUACGAGACUUGCUUUGUCAUACGAGAACAUCUUAAGACGCCCAAAGGCUUCAAGAAACCACCACCGGCCGUGUUCUGCAGUAAUUGUGGAUUUAAGAGCUGUCCAUUGUACAUCACCAAAUACUGUGUGUUUAAGUUAUGUGGCAUCAAAGUAUUCAAAUACAAAAAAGAAGGUCCUUAUGUUGCAUGUAAAGGGUGCCUCACGAUGCUUGGAACUAACGGUGUGUACCAUUGUCGCAAUUGUAAAACAACAGUUCAUCCAAAUAUCGAUUAUUGUAUAGGGUGUGGCAAAGGCAUCUCAUGA